AUGGAUACCAUCUUGGUUUUCAGCCUAAUCAUUAUAUUCUGUGAUGUUAGCAAGAAAGAACUCAAAGAUAGCAGCUGCCAUGUGGAACAGCUGCCUGGGCUCUUCCCAAAGGAUGUGAGAAGGGAUGUACUAAUGCAAGCUUGUUUACCAGGGACAUCCCAAUGUAAGGUCUAUGAAGUGAUGGGGACUGCAUCAGAGACUUUUCCCACCACCACCUCCAUAACUCCUGGGAAUAAAGAAGGAGAGAAAACUACAAAUAUUGAUUUUUCUAGCCCUUUGAAACAAGAGGAGAAUCUAGAGAAGAGGCAGAAAUGGAGUACUGUGAUCAAAUUUCUGAUUGCUGUUUCCCUGUUGUUUAGUGGAGUCGCCAUUAUAGUGUUUGCCAUUUUUGAAGUCCCAUGCCCUGGUCAAUGCCGAGGAGCCAGAGAGCUAUGCCAAUGCCAGAGGUUGUGCAGAAGGCAAAGGAAGGAAGGCCAGGAACCUGAGGCAGCUGAAUCCCAGCUUGAAUUUCAACCCGUUGGAUGAGAUGCUCCCAAGUCAUCAAGUCCAAAGAGAGCUGCAGGGAUCACUGUCAUCCAUGAGACAUACUUCUGAAAAGUUCUUCUCUGCUUCACACAUUGAAUGGAGGAUACUACACUGACUUCUCCCUAUUAUUAACCAAUGUCGGCAGGUUCUUCUGAAUUUUACACUCGUAUCUUCAGCGAGGACAUUACAAGCAAACAGCAAUGCCACACCAAUGAAGAAGGAGCCUGGGCUUAGCAGUCAGACUUACUCUCAAGCCAUUGCUACUGACUUAGUCACAAGCCUCUGAGAUUCACUCUGUCCAUCCACCAAAAUUGGGUAUCUUUUCAUCCCAUCCAAUGAGAACAAAAAGUCUUCCCUCUGAGCACUAUGAAUGGACCCAUUGCUCUCUUUGACAAAAGGUUUAAACAUAGCCUCCAAGGAAGCGGGCAAAGCAGCCACUAGUGUGGUACAGUUCACUAACUCCUCUGUUAACCUCACAGUUCAUUUCAUGCUCACUGGCUCUCAACCAGCUUAGGGUGGGGGGUUCCUGUGUUCCCAAGCUGAUGUUCAUAGGGUUAUGCCUUAACCUCUGCCACCACAUGUAGCUAUCCACACACUGGUGAGGGGAGUAUAACCCUGAGCAUUCCAGAAGUCCUCCUUCUAAGUCAUCCCCAAGGGGCUCAGGGACUGCAUACAAAUAGGACACAUGUGAGGUCUCCUGAUAAUCCACAACUCUUCCAAGUGGGCCUGACAUUACACCCUACAUGUAAUGGUGAGCUGUGUAUAUUUUGAACAAGGAUUCCAGAGCAAGACAACUAUGAUGAUCUUUCUUACAAAGCCUCUGAGAAAGUCUGACCUGCUCAAGUAAGAGUCUGGUGAGGAAGCAGGACCAGCUGAUGUUAAAGGGAACAGGUUAAAAAAAAAAAAAAAAAAAAAAAAAGGAACACCAGGAGGGAUAAACUGUUGUUUUGCUUUUAUUAUAAGUGUCUUGAAACCAUUCCAUUUCACUUUGGUGAAAUGUACCUGUGUUUCUAAGUUAAUUCUGUUUUCUUAGUUCUCUGAUAAAAACCACACACAAAUUGUAUCCUUCUCUCUUUCACUUCAAGUACCGUCCAAAAAAGUGAUUCUCAAAACAAUACCAACAAGGGAAAAUAUCUUGUCCUGAGCCCUGAUUUGAGAUUCAAGCGGAUCCUGGAAGAGAUGGAACAGAUACAAAGCAUGGAAAAUGAAAGUUUUGCAAAUACAGUAGGUAGACAGAGCACUGGGGCUGCUGUUUGGAUAAGUGAGUAUGUUAUUUGCAUCCCACCACUGAUUCAUAACAUCGCCUCCAGUUUAUCCUGCCAUCUGUGGCUCCGUCUAACCAUGAGAUGGUAGGGGGCAGGGGAGGGGAAGCUUGCUCCUUCCCCACACCACCAGGAAGGACGAUUAAAAAAAUAUUCUAUACUUGAGAAGCUUUUGGUCUAGGACGGAUGCCUACAUUCAUCUUCACCCUUCCCAGACUCACCCACGGCAGAAUAUCCUUUAACCCAGAAACAUGAGGUUCCCCAGGAGGCAAAAACUGUAGCAAAGUUUACCCUUCUUAACUCUUCUGCAAGAGUAUAAUUGGGUAACAUCUGUACUGACUUUAUAGAAAUUCACUGAGGGAGGGCGCCUGAGUGGCUCAGUAGGUUAAGCAUCCAACUCUGGGUUUUGGCUCAGGUCAUGAUCUUACCCUGGUCAGCCAGAUAUCAGGCUCUGUGUUGACAGUGUGGGGUCUGCUUGGGAUUCUCUCUCUCUCCCUCAAUCUGCCCCUCCCCCACUCAAGC